ACAAGUCGGUUUGAGUUUCGGUUCACUUUCGCUGGCAGAUGACGUGUUGGAAGAUUUAAAAGUCGCGUUUCAUCAUUCAUCGUCAUCGCAAGCCAAAAAGUUUUGCAAAAUUAUUCAAAAUCAAUGUAUAAUUUGUUAUCAGUAUUUUAAAACUGUGCUUACAACUGAUAAAUACGAAAUUAUGUAAUUUGGUUGAUUGUAGUGCAUUGUGCUGCAGUUGGAUUGCGAAAUUGAACCGAAUCCAGAAGUGCGUUUUGUUUUGAGUUUGGAGCUGGUCAAGAGUUAUUCCUCCGAAAAUGGCUCUGAUGACGAUGAUUGCCCGGGUCGUCGACGGUCUUCCACUUGUCGGAACGAUGCAGGAAGAUGAACAGUCCGGCAGAAGCGUACUGGAAUACCAGAAUCAAGCUAAAAUGCUAUUCCGAAAGUUGGGGCCCAACUCCCCGGCACGCUGCAGCAUUGAAACGGGCCCUUAUCUUUUUCACUAUCUGAUUGAAAACGAAGUCUGUUAUCUGGUGCUUUGUGAUAAGAUGUUUUCCAAAAGAAUUGCAUUUAACUAUCUGGAAGACAUUGCUCAAGAAUUUCACAAUAAUUACGGCCGAAAGGUGAAUUCCGUAACGCGUCCGUACGCCUUCAUCGAGUUCGAUAUUUACAUUCAGAAGGCGAAGAAAUCGUUAACAGACCGACGAAGGAACAUUAACACUAUCAAUACGCAGCUGCAGGAUGUGCAACGGAUAAUGGUUCAAAACAUUGACGACGUCCUCCAGCGGGGAACUGUUUUGUCCGAGUUGGACACGAAGACGCAAAAUUUGUCGAUGCUGUCGCAGAAGUACAAGAAAGACGCUACGUACUUGAACCGGAAGUCGCUGUAUGUGAAGGGAGCCGUGGCGGGGAUCGUCAUCAUAGUAUUCAUUCUAUACUUUUGGGUUAUUUAAUCUCUCGUGAGUAACCGUACAAUAAAACUAAGCUGCAUCAUUAUCGGAUGACACUGACACAGUUGAUUUAGGGGGAUGUUCUUUCACCUAUAGCAUUAAUGGGAAAAGCGAAAAAGUGGCGGGCCAAAUUUUAAACCAAUCGCGGUUGUAUAAGUGUGAAAAAAGUUAGUUCUGGGUAACUGCUUUCUGUUCAAUAUGUUUUACGAGUUGUAUCAUGUUUUUUUCUCACGAAAUUAUACCAAUGUUUAUUUCACUAAAAUAA